UGAAAAUUUGGUUGGAUUUUGUUUUUUUCCUUCACACUUUCGGUGAAGGGUCAAGGUUAGUUGACACAUGUCAUUGUGAAUGACACUCUUUUUUCCCAAAUUUGACCAUUUUCACUUCUCAGUAAUUGAGUGGAAAAUUGGGUGCUCAUGGAUCUUUGGCCAUUUCAGGUUGGUGAUAUAAUGACAAGUACCAUUUAUGUUUGUUAGAUUAUAAUUUUUUUCUUUUUAUGAAAUUAUUAAUUUUGAGAUUGCGGGGCGGGUUGUAGUCUUUGGAGGUAGAAAAUAUAAACGGAGAAAAAAAGGUAAAGUGAGUGAUAGGAAGGCAUACGAUUGAGGUAAAAAUGGUAAGAAACGUACCUCAAUCUCUCUCAGUUGGCGGCAGCGGCAGAGGAGGAGGAGCAUCAUCGUCGUCUCAUGGUGCUGGAGCCUCGAUUAAUAUGGAUAGCCAAAUGCAAGUUGCUGAACAACUUGUUCUCGAUCUUCGUUACCCUGUUCGUCGUGAACGCGCUCUU